AUGGCAGACAAGCCUGACAUGGGGAAAAUUGCCAGCUUCGAUAAGGCGAAGCUGAAAAAAACAGAGACAAAGGAGAAGAACACCUUGCCGACCAAAGAGACCAUUGAGCAAGAGAAGUGGAGUGAAAUUUCCUAAGAACCUAGAGGAUUCCCCA